AUGCCUAUAGUUCCCUUCAUCAUCGACAACAAGGAUGUCGUCGGGAAUAUUGCAUUCGAUGUGAUCAAUCCUAGCACGGGUACUCUGGAGCAUCAGUGCAGCGGUGCAUCUAUAGACGAUGUGAAUUGUAUUAUUGCGUCGGCAGAACGCGCUUUUCCCACUUGGUCAAAGACGAAGCCACACGUACGACGCUCUAUUCUCCUCCGUGCAGGCGACAUUUUUGAGCAUCGCAGGGAAGAGCUCAUGGGUUACAUGUGCAAUGAGAUGGGAGGUGACAUCAAAUUCGCUCAAACAAUAUACGAUAUUGGCCUGGAUCUGGUCAGGGACACUGCCGGAAGAAUAUCAUCUAUUGAGGGUGCUGUACCCGCCCUUAAAGAAGAUGGUACAAGCGGUAUCGUUUAUAAACGGCCUUAUGGUGUGGUUCUCGGUAUUGCCCCAUGGAACGCGCCUUUCAUUCUUGGAACCAGGGCGGUUGUCAUUGCUAUAGCUGCAGGCAACGCUGCCAUUUUGAAAGGCUCUGAACUAGCUCCAAAGUGCUUUUGGGCAAUUGGCGAUGUUUUCCGCGAGGCUGGGCUUCCUGAUGGAGUCUUAAAUGUUCUAUUCCAUCGCCCUCAGGAUGCCUCAAAUGUGACUGCAGCAUUGAUUGCGCACCCAGCCAUCAAAAAAGUCACAUUCACAGGCAGCACUGCCGUUGGUAAAAUAAUCGGCGCUCUCGCAGCCAAAUAUGUAAAGCCGGUUCUGCUGGAGCUUGGUGGAAAGGCCAGCUGUGUUGUUCUUGACGAUGCAGACCUUGAUAAGGCUGCGGUUGCCUGUACUAUUGGGUCCUUCUUGAACUCUGGACAGAUCUGCAUGUCAACGGAAAGAAUUGUGGUGCAGCGUGCCGUUGUUGAUGCAUUUCGCCCUAUCCUGACAGCCGCAGUGGAGAAAUUUUAUGGCAGUACCACCACUCCCCGCAUUCUCGUGAACGCAAGCGCCGUAAACAGGAACAAGGACCUGGUAUCCAACGCAGUAUUUAAGGGGGCUAAUUUGCUCUUUGGAGACUUACACAACAGAGAGAGUUCAGACACGCGCAUGAGACCCAUUGUUGUGGAUAACGUCACAAGUGAAAUGCGGAUUUUCAAAACCGAGUCUUUCGGGCCGACCGUGUCUCUCAUUGUCGUUGAUACGGAUGAAGAGGCCAUUGCCGUGGCUAACGAUACAGAGUACGGUCUGACGGCAUCUGUCUUCUCUGAAGACUUACGGAGAGGGCUGAGGGUUGCGAAGCAAAUUGAGUCUGGAGCCGUUCAUAUCAACUCGAUGACCGUUCACGAUGAGGCUGCCUUGCCUCACGGCGGUAUGAAGAUGAGUGGUUUUGGUCGUUAUGGCGGAAGCAUUGGCCUUGACCAAUUCCUGCGGACAAAAUCCAUUACUUGGCAGGAUUGA